GAACGGCACAACAACGCUAGCAGCCUAAGCCUAGCAGAAUAGCAAUCGACGAGGGGGCUAAUUAGCAUGCUGCCAACACCACUAUAAAAGGAGGGAUCAUCGAUAGAUCAACUUGCACUCCUACCAGAACAGCUGGCAAUCGACGAGAGGGGGCCAUCUAGCUCUUCUCUUCAGGUUGCAACACACACAGACACACACAAGCCAUGGCGAUCCGGGGCGUCGCCUCCUCCCGCGACCGCGAGGACAUGACGCUGGAGGAGUUCAAGGAGUGGCUCAAGCAGUUCGACGCCGACGGCGACGGCCGGAUCAGCAGGAACGAGCUCCGGGAGGCCCUCCGCCGCCGCGGCGGGUGGUUCACCACCUUGAGGAGCGGCCGCGCCCUUCGCCAGGCCGACAAGAACAACAGCGGCUUCCUGGACGACUCCGAGAUCGAGAACCUCGUCGCCUUCGCCCAGAAAGAUCUCGGCAUGAAGGUAUCCACCUAGUAGAACAACCAAGCAGCGCGGAGUGGCAGACAGAUGCAUCAUCCUCCUGCAUCGAUCUAUGACAGAACGAAUCUGGCUAUGAACUGAUGAGCCAGCAGUGUCCUUGUAUCGUAGCACCUAGCUAGAUUUUGAGAUGCUGUCUUUGUUUAAUUUUCUCCCCUUGCUAUAAUUUGUGUGGCGGAUUCUACAAACUUUAAUAUCCAGGGUAUGGUAUGUGUAAACACCGCAAAUUAAUGGAGGGGUGUUAGUUUGUGACUUUGUGUGUGUGUUAACCAGCUGCAUGCAUGAGUUGUGUGCGGCAAUAUCCAGGAAUAUAAGAAAUUGAAAC